AGAAUUCGCUCGCUCACUCACUGUCUGGGUCGAGACUAGGGGGUUCCUUCUCCUGUCCCCACCAAAGUCAAACCAUAAGCUUCAAACCGUGGACCACUCUGAUUACGAGCCAUGGAUGCGGUGGAGCUUGCCAGACGGUUACAAGAGGAGGCCACAUGUUCCAUCUGCCUUGACUACUUUACUGAUCCUGUGAUGACUGCCUGUGGCCACAACUUCUGCAGAGAGUGCAUCCAGAUGAGCUGGGAGAAGGGGAAGGUCAAGAAAGGGAAGAAGAAGCAGAAGGGCUCCUUCCCCUGCCCCGAGUGCAGGGAGAUGUCCCCUCAGAGGAACCUGAGGCCCAACCGCCUCCUGACAAAAGUGGCUGAGAUGGCCCGCCAGCACCCUGGGCUGCAGAAGCGAGACCUGUGCCAAGCACACCAAGAACCCCUUAAGCUGUUCUGCCAGGAUGACCAGAGCCCCAUUUGUGUGGUCUGCAGGGAGGCCCAGGAGCACCGGAUGCACAGGGUGCUGCCUCUGGAUGAGGCUGCAAGGGAGUAUAAGCUCAAGUUGGAGGAGGACAUAAAAUAUCUACGGGAGGAGAUGAUGAAGACGGAGACACUGCAAGCCAAGGAGGAACAGACCUUAACUGAGUGGCAGGAGAGAGUGAAAGAGCGGAGAGAACGCAUCCUGGAGGAGUUUCAGAAGGUGGUCUUGUUUCUGGUGGAAGAAGAACGGAGGAUCCUCCAGGUCCUGAAGAAGGAGGAAGAGGACACCUUAGGGAAGCUGCAGGACAGCAAGGCCUCCCUGGACCACCAAAGCCGCUCCCUGGACCUGAUCCUGUUGCAGCUGGAGGAGCGGAGCCAGCAGGAGCCCCUCCAGAUGCUGCAGGAUGUGAAGGACACCUUGAACAGGAAGGAGAGCUUCAGCGUGCAGUACCCAGAGGUGGUCCUCCCCGCGGCUAUCAAGACCUUGUGCAGAGUUCCAGGACAGAUAGAGGUGCUCAAAAGCUUCCAAGAGGAUGUGAUGCCGGACCCCAGCUCAGCAUACCCCUAUCUCCUCCUCUACGAGAGUCGCCAGAGGCGGUACUUGAGCCCACCGCCCGAGGGCAGCGCCCCCUACAGCAAGGACCGGUUCGUGGCCUACCCGUGCGCUGUGGGGCAGAAGAGCUUUUCCUCUGGAAGGCACUACUGGGAAGUGGGCAUGAAUCUCACCGGGGAUGCACUCUGGGCCUUGGGGGUGUGCAGGGACAACGUGAGUCGGAAGGACAGAGUGCUUAAGUCCCCAGAAAACGGCUUCUGGGUAGUGCAGCUGUCCAAGGGGAAAAAACAGCUGUCCCUGUUACCCAAUUCCACUCUAGUCACUCUCACAGAGCCUCCCAGCCACAUGGGGAUCUUCCUGGACUUCCAGGCUGGAGAGGUGUCCUUCUACAGCGUGAACGAUGGGUCCCACUUACACAGCUUUUCCCAGGCUGCCUUCCCUGGGCCGCUGCUGCCAUUCUUCUGCUUGGGGGCUCCCAAGUCAGGCCAGAUGGUCAUCUCCACAGUGACCAUGUGGGUGAAGGGAUAGAGGCUUGAAGCCGGGCAGACACUGGGUGUGCCACAGUUCCCCAGAAGGCAGGGUGCUUCACCACCGUGGCCACCUACCCAGGCUUCCCUGGGGCACUAAGAGUUAAUACCUGUGCUGGCAGGGUAACUGAAAUACAGUCAAGAUUCAAAUGCUCAAGUGAGACCGACUACAGAUAAGAUGCUAAAUGGGGGAACUUUGGAAAGGGUCCUGCUUAUCUCAGAGUGGACUCAAUUCUUUUCUAACACCCUUCCCCAAGAACCCCUCCCACUUCCCAUUCCUGUUAAAAGUUACUAGCAUGCCAGGACUCAAGUGAGAUGGUGAACUGGCAUAGCACAUGUUUCCACUGUGACCCUUCUGUGCCCAUGGUGUGACAUGUAUCUUGUCUCCCAUUGGGGUCAGUCAACCACAGACAUGAGGGUGGCACUGGAGGCUCUGAGCAACAACAGGUGCUGCGGGCUAUGAACACAGAGUAAAAGUGCAGAGGGAAACCACCGACUCCCUUGGUCACCACUCUCAGGGUUUUCCAUGUCCUUGAGGUCAUCCUGCCCAUCAGUAGUACUCUGCAUCCUUUUCUGAGCCCUGGAGUUACGCACUUGUGCAUGCUUGUGUCUAUCCUCACAGCCCCUGCUCCCAGGAUAACUCUGAGACUCAGAUAUAUUUAGAUACCUAGGCCAUAAACCUUGGCUGUUCCCUAACUAGCUCAUAAGCUAAUCUUCCCGUUACUCUAAGGUCUGCCACAUGGUUGAUAACCUGGUCCUCAGGUUUUGCUGCUGUACAUAUCAGCAUUCGGGGGUCAAUCUUCCACCUGUCUCUAUCCCAGCAUCCCCCUCCUGCUCUGUCUGAUGUCCCAUCUAAUUUCCUGCCUCAGCUCAUUGGCCAAUAAGCCUUUUAUUGACAGGUGAAUGCUUUUACACAGUGAACAAGAGUUUCUCUCUACAUUUCCCCCUUUUAGUCCAAGAAAAGGCUCCUUUUCUUACAAAAUAAACUAUAUACAAUAACCAUUGUAGUGCUCAGCCCAUAUGUUCCAAAACUAUAGACAUGACAAGUUAGCUGCUUUGACAGUCCCUCAGAAUUCCUGUAUAAUGGUGGAACUUCAGUCUUCAGCCCUCUGGCACCGUAUAACUGACAGACUUUUCUGUGCAGCAGGAAUGAUGAAGGACUUAGCUAUCUUGUUCUUGCAAAGCUUGGCAGUUGAGUUCCCUGCAUCCCAGUUUGUCCAUUCCGGACAGCAUUCAGUCAGCAUUUGAAGCACGGACAGUUUCUUGCACAGUGGCAGUGGCCACAUUUGAAACAAACUCCAUAGGGAGAUUCUUUGAUGCUCAACUUUCUUUGAAGUAGAAAAACGGGUCCUGUUGCCAAAAAGCCUUUUAAUAAUAAAACAUCUUUAAAUGUCAUAUUCUGUAGAUCUCUGAUGUUUCCAAAAACCAUCUAUAACUGAAUUGUCUGUUUCUAGUUAGUCACUAUUUGAUUAUUAGUCUUGAAAACAUCUACUGGAGGCUAAAUAAAACUUAUUUUGAAAA